ACAAUUUUGCGAAGGCUCGUAAGCAAACUCUGCAUGUUAUUGGGAAGUUAGUGUUUCAGAGUAAACGGCAACUAAGAACCUUCUCCGCUUCGGUCAUGCUUUUGUCCGACACAUCCGUUAUAUUGCAUAGUAGUUAGUUAAAGUUCCGUUGGUCCGUUAAACUCUCCGCGUCGAUUAUGAGUGAAAGUGAUUCCGAUGGUACGAGCUCUACUUCCGGCACGGACAGUUCAUCGGAGCUGGACGCCACCGGAAAGCGCUUCAAUCCCCUGAAAGCCCUCUAUUCGGCCAAACUGAAGGUGCCGGUGGCACGGGCAAUGCUACACGACAACGUGCAAACGUUGGAAGCCAAACAGACGACCCUUGGGGGGUUCGAGGAACCGUUCGAUGCGGAACGUUUGAAGCGAAUACGGGCCGCUAGUUCGAAAAAGAAGCUAGGCGCAACCAGCGAGACUCCCAAGCGAAGAUUUGCGCCGUCGCAAGGUCUCGUCAAAGUGGAACGGCCGAUGCGACACAGGCGGAAUCUAUUCACUCGCCUCGAAAAGUGCACCGAAGGACCUCUGGGCGCGCUGAAGCAGUGGAUGGAUCAGAGAACCCGCGUCCGGGUCUACAUUCGCAAGCAGAAAGGAGUCGGCGGGCACGUGUCCGGCAUCAUCGAGCUUUUCGAUCGCCACUGGAAUCUGGCCAUAAGCGAGGUGGAGGAAUCGUGGAGUCGCCGAAAGUUUCGUUACUCUGCGAACCGACUGGCCGGGCUCGGAGAGCCUCAGGACUGUAGCGAUCGCCUCCGGCAGCUCGGCAUCACCUUGCCGGCGGUAAAGGUAUGUGAGCUGCAGAACAAAAAGUAUGUGAUAUGUACCCGGUCACUUCCGAAACUGUUGGUUAAAGGCGACCACGUUGUGCUCGUAACGCCGGAACCGGCCGCCGUGGUGAAGAAGGAAUACAUUAAGGAAGAAAAGAAGGAGGAGGGUUAAAGAAUAAACAAA